AUGGCGACUAAUACUGCGCCACUCGCGACAACGGGGUUUCUUGACAUAGAGGAUAUAAACCUUGCCAAACUCCCGCGGAGCCUGCUAUUGCUACUUCUAGCUGUUGCUCCUUCAGUCGCAGCUCCGCAACAAUGGCAGCCAUCCGGUCAAUCCGUGUUACAACAAGAACGGCCUUCCAACGCGGGCAAGAGAGGAGCUGUCGCAUCCGAGAGUAAAGUCUGUAGUCAAAUAGGCAUAGAUCUGCUAGCCCAAGGUGGCAAUGCUGUCGAUGCCUGGAUCGGUACCCAGCUAUGCGUCGGCGUGAUUGGCAUGUAUCACUCGGGGCUUGGCGGUGGAGGCUUUGCUCUCAUUAGAGACGCCAAUGGCAACUAUACGGUCAUCGACUAUCGUGAAGCCGCGCCUAGUGCCGCGUCCGAAAAUAUGUAUAAGGAUAAUAUAAUAGGUAGCGUCUUCGGCGGGUUGUCUGUAGGCGUACCGGGCGAAUUGCGAGGACUUGAAUAUGCGCAUAAGAAAUUUGGCAUAUUACCUUGGAAAGACGUCGUGCUCCCUGCCGCUUCUGUAGCGGAUCGCGGAUUCACCGUCUCAGAGGACCAAGUGCGUUAUAUGGACGCUGGUCUCCAAAUAGCCGGCUGGAACUUCUUGACCGACGAUCCUUCCUGGGCUCAGGAUUUCGCCCCAGAUGGGACUUUGGUAAAGCUCGGCGAUACCAUGACCAGGAAACGCUAUGCAAAAACUCUCGAACAAGUUGCAGAAUACGGCGCCGACGUGUUCUACACCGGCCCAAUAGCCGAGGCAACGAUCAAGUACAUCCAGCAGCACAACGGCACCAUGACCCUAGACGACAUGUCCAGCUACCAAGCCAUCAUCCGCGACCCCGUCAGCAUCUCGUACAGAGGCUACACGCUCGUCUCCUCCGGCGCGCCCAGCAGCGGCGCCGUAUGCCUCAGCACGCUGAAGACCAUGGAAGGCUACAACAGCGCCUCCUCCUCGUCCGACACCAACCUGACCCUGCACCGCUUCGACGAAUCCAUGCGCUUCGCGUACGGCGCGCACCAAGCUCUCGGGGACCCGGCCUACGUCCCCGACGCCCCGGACCUCGAAGCCGUGAUGCUAUCCGCCUCGCACGCGGCCUCCAUCCGCUCCCGCAUCGACGACGCCCGCACCCAGCCGGUCGAGAACUACGACCCGGCGCGCGUGUACGUGCCGACCGACCACGGCACCUCGCACGUGUCGACGGCCGACGGGUCCGGCGUCGCCGUCUCCAGCACCACGACCGUGAACCUGCUGUUCGGCAGCCUGUUGAUGGUGCCCGAGACGGGCGUCGUGCUCAACGACGAGAUGAACGAUUUCUCCAUCCCGGGCGUGCACAACGAGUUCGGGUACGCGCCGAGCCCGGCGAACUACGUGCGCGCGGGCAAGCGGCCGCUGUCCUCCAUCACGCCUGUUAUCGUGGAGCGCGCCCCCUUUUCCUCUUCCUCUUCCUCCUCUUCUGACCGCGACUCUCACGCCAGCGUCCUAGUCGCCGUCGCGGGCGCCGCCGGCGGCUCGCGCAUCAUAAGCUCGACGACGCAAGUACUAUGGCACAUGCUCGAGCGGUCCUUCACCCCCGGCGCCGCCGUCGCCGAGCCGCGGUUCCACGACCAGCUGAUGCCGAACGUGGCCGCGUUCGAGUACGGCUUCGACAACGCGACGAUCGCCAGCAUGCGGGACCGCGGCCACAACGUCACCUGGGUGCGCGAGGGGUUCAGCGCCGUGCAGGCCAUCCGCCUCGGCGACGACGGCGUGUUCGAGGCCGCGAGUGAGACGAGGCAGAAGGCUAGUGGAGGGUUGACGUUGUAGGAGGGCCUUGGUCUGUAUUGUAUGCGGGGUGUUGGUGUUGCAUAUGUUUUGUGGGAUAGAAAUGGGUACACAUUACAAAUACAAUUAUAAGAAUA